CCAACGCUUGGCCCAAUACGGCCCAUCUCCGGGCUCUCCUCAUUAGGGGAUCCUCAGUAGGGUUGUUGCCUCAACCGUGGGAAUCACCUCCUAAGUCUUCACCGGUCACCGCUGUUCCCCGUGGCGUCGCCGUCGUGAUCCAGUCGCCGUCUGCCUCCACCAGUCGCCGUCUGCCUCCACCAGUCGCCGUCCACUUCCUCCUUUUCAAUUAAGAGUUAUCUCUGUUAUGUUUCUUAGGGUUGUUUUUAUUUCAAUUACAUUGUGAAGGAAUAAAUUUAUCUUGACUUAAGUUAAAAUCACUAGUAAUAUUUGCUGGCAAUCAACACCUUGGGUCAGCGUCUGAAAACAAGGUGUAGAAGUAGUGAACACUGAAUUGAAUCUGAAUCAGAUCUUGUAGAAUUCAUUCUUUGGCGUUGAUUAAGACAUGGAAGCGUCGUUUUUCCGUUUUCUGAAGAUUGUUGGAGUUGGAUACAAAGCUAGAGCGGAAGCUCAAGGUCGGUUAUUGUAUCUGAAACUUGGAUACAGCCAUGAGGUCGAAUUGGCGGUGCCGCCGGCGGUGCGUGUGUUCUGCUUCAAGAACAAUGUGGUUUGCUGCACCGGAAUUGACAAGCAAAGGGUGCACCAGUUUGCUGCCACAGUGCGCAAUUGCAAGCCUCCUGAAGUUUACAAAGGGAAAGGUAUAAUGUACAUUGAUGAAGUCAUCAAGAAGAAGCAAGGAAAGAAAUCUAAAUGAUUUGCCACACCAAACAUUACGUAUGAUCCAUCCAUUUUGUAUCAGUCAAAAUAGUGUGGAUUUAUCGGUGGAAACCAAAGUCUUGAUGAUCCCUUGGCCAUGGCAAGAGCUACAUUGAAGAUGUAAGCAAAGAAAGGAUCAUAAUAUUUUGCAGUAGCUUUAACAAUACAGUUUGCUGAUUGUAUAAAGCAAUACAGUUUGCUGAUUGUAUUGAUUGGUCAACUUGUUUAAUUUAAUCAUGUAUUAUUCAAACAUUAUUAUGAUUGAUUUUUC